AGCUAGUCGCACAGCAGCGCCAGUAAGUCAGUCCACAUUGCAAUGGGCAUCGAGAAAUACAAGGGACGUGUAGCCCUGGUUACUGGCGCCAGUGCAGGCAUCGGUGCUGCCAUAGUUCAGGCGCUGCUGAAGCAUGGACUCACCGUCGUGGGAAUGGCCAGGAGGGUCGAAAAAGUUAAGGAGCUAGCCAUCAAGGACGCGCCAGGUAAGCUGCACGCGAUCGCAGGGGAUGUGAGCGACGAGUCCAGCAUCCUGACAGCGUUCAAGUGGAUCAAGGACAACCUGGGUGGCGUCGACAUCCUCAUCAACAACGCUGGUGUAUUCCCGAAUACUAGUCUUACAGGUGGCAAGACGGAAGACUGGAAGAGUAUCCUGGACGUGAACGUGCUGGGUCUGAGCAUCUGCACCAGAGAGGCCGUGCAGGACAUGCUGAGCAGGGGCGUCGAGGACAGCUUCAUCAUCCAUAUCAACAGGAAGUUUCUCCAGGAUUAGUUCAAACUGAAGGUGUGUCAAACGAAAUGGCUGUUAUUCCAAAGGAUUUGGCUGACAAAUUCAAGGAUAUGCCAGCCCUGGAAUCAGGAGACAUAGCGGAAGCCGUUGUUUACAUGUUGUCCCAGCAUCCUCGCGUUCAGGUGCACGAUGUAAUUGUGUUGCCAACAGGCCAACCGAUCUAAGAUAAAGAUACAUCCUGUAUCCAUCUGUUAAAGAUUGCAUAGCACCAAAUAUUUCUUAGUGCUGAUGUGAGAACAAUAAUGC